AUUAAAACAUUUAAAAAAAUUUAAAGAUGGCCGUUUAAAAAUAAUUUGUAUUGAAUUGGAAAAAUUAGAAAAUAAUCUACAUGUUGUUGAUAAUUGCGGAACUCUUGGAUGUAUGAUAAAAUCUGCGUAUGAUAAAAAUUACUUACAAUUGACUCCGCCAGAAGUAUCAUCUUGUACUGAAAGGCAUCAUUACACAAGGACUAUUAAUAGUGGAUUAUGUAUUAUUAUAAAUCAGGAACAUUUUCAAAAAGAGUAUGAAAAACGAUGCGGAACAAAGGCAGAUUGUAUUACUCUAUCUAAAACAUUUAAAGCUUUUGGAUUCAAAGUUGAGGUACUUCAAGAUCUGAAAAAAAGCGAAAUGUUAGAGAAAAUAAGAAACAUUUCAAAAGACCAUGGUAAAAAGUAUGAUUGUUUGUUUCUCUGUAUUUUGAGUCAUGGAUAUGAAGAUUAAAUCACCAUUUACGGUCCGAGCUUGGAUCUUGGUAGCCUAAUUAUUGUAUAUAUAUUUGUGUAUUACACAUAUCUUUUCCAAACAUUAGUAAAUUGUCAAGAUCUAAGCUCGGACCAUAAAUGACAAUUUAAUUUAAUUUAAUUUGAUUGUCAUAACGGUCGUAUAUUUCUUGUAUUAUUGUUGAUUUACAUCGCCUGAAAAAGGCGUUCAAAACUGUUAUUAACCGAUUAUUGCGAUAAAUAUUAAUUACCACAUGCCUUAGUGGUUGAAUUGGUAUGACAUCCUUCUCAGAAUGAGGAAGGUUCCAGGUCCGAAUAUUAUCUGACUGAGGUAAUAUUUUUAGCAAUAAUUUCUUUACAGUUAUUUAAAUAGUUAAAUCAAAUCGAUUUAAUUACGGGGAAAGUUGGGAUUUUACUCCAACGGGAAUUGUGUUAUAAGUCCGACAAAUCUAGUCGGCGCGUAAUUUACUAAUGUUUGGAAAAGAUAUAUGUAAUUGUGGUGUAUUAAGGUAACCAAAUAAAUGAUGCUUUGUGCAGUGU